UAUGCAUAUUAUAUUAUUAUAGAUUAUAACUGAACAAUAUUCAUAUAAUUAUGUGUAUAAAGCAAUCGACGUUGUUCGAUUGAAAACUUAAUCGGUCGAUGUUUUAUGUUUGUAUUGUCCAAUAUUAUAAAGACCAAACAUAUAGCUAUGUCACUGCUUAAACUGAAUUCCAGACUAACAUUUUUAAAACUACGAUCACCGGGUGAGUGUUAUACAAACACCUUGCACGAUCAUACGCAAACGAUGUAAAAAAAACGAGAUUGCACGAGUUUCAUGUACGUCAUGGAGGUAAAAUGGUGCCGUUUGCUGGUUAUAUGAUGCCGGUCAAAUAUUCCGAUAGCAUAGCGUCCUCGCACUUGCAUACACGCCAGCAGUGUUCUUUAUUCGACGUGUCACAUAUGUUGCAGACGAAAAUUUAUGGCAAACAUAGAGAGCAGUUCAUGGAACAGAUUUGCGUUACAGACAUACAAAAUCUGGGCGCGGGAAAAAGUGCGCUGAGCUUGUUCAUAGACGACCAGACGGGUGGUAUACUGGACGAUUUGAUCAUAACGAAAACGAAUGGGGAUUAUUUGUACAUGGUGACUAACGCUGGUUGCAAGGAACAGGACAUGCGAAUGUUAACCGAACAAUUGGCCAUUGUCAAAUCGAGCGGUCAAGACGUGAGCUUGGAGUUUUUGGACAGCGAUGUACAGUCACUACUGGCCUUACAAGGACCCCGUGCUGCUGUCGUUUUGCAGUCGACAGUAGGUGAAUCCAUCGAUCUGUCGAAGCUUUACUUCAUGGACUCGACUACAGCCACGGUUUGCGGCGUGCCGGACUGUCGGGUUACCCGAUGCGGUUACACCGGCGAAGAUGGUUUCGAAGUGUCCGUGCCCUCUGAUCGGGUCGAGGCGAUUGCCGAGGCGUUCGUCACUCACGACGACGUGAAAUUGGCCGGACUGGGCGCUAGGGACACUCUGAGGUUGGAAGCCGGUAUGUGUUUGCACGGAUCAGAUAUAAGCAUUGAAACGACGCCGGUCGAAGCUGCGUUGAUGUGGACCAUAAGCCGUAAGAGAAGAGAUGAGCAACGGUUUCCCGGCGCUUCUGUGAUUCUGAAACAACUGAGUGACGGCGCACAACGUAAGAGGGUCGGUCUCGUUCAAAAAGCUCACGGUGCUCCAGUCAGGGGCGGAGCUAUUUUAUUUAAUGCAGUAGACGGUGAAAAAAUCGGUUCGGUGACUAGCGGAUGCCCGUCUCCGACAUUAUCCCAGAAUAUAGCCAUGGGUUAUGUAGACAGUAAAUUUGCCAAAAAUGGAACGGAGAUACAAGCAGAGGUCCGAGGACAGAAGAUACCUAUGGUUGUCACAAAAAUGCCAUUUGUGAAAGCAAAUUAUUAUUCAAAACCCAAAAAAUAACAAUUUAAUAUUUAAUUUAUGAUAACAUAAUAUUCGAUUAUUAUCCAUCACAGAGAACUACGUUGACGUUGACAUUGAUGACAUAUUUGAUCUAAAAAAAAAGAAUAGAAUAUACAAUUUUAGUGGACAAUAAACGUACCUAAUUACUAAAUA